GGCGCACGCGCGCUGUGGACGCUGGUGAGGGGCCGCUGGUGCCGGCAGCUGCCAGAGGAUCGGGACUCGGUGGGCGACGCUUGCUGCGCUGCAAGAAAGCUGAAGUUACUCUCUUGUCUUAGAGAGCUGCAGCAGCCGCUGGCCCUGCACAGAAGGAACCUCGGCUGCCCACCCAGCCUCACUCUUUGGAGAUGGCGGGAGAAAUCACAGAGACCGGAGAGCUCUACUCUCCCUAUGUUGGGCUGGUGUACAUGUUUAACCUUAUCGUGGGCACGGGCGCACUCACCAUGCCCAAGGCCUUUGCCACCACCGGCUGGCUCGUCAGCCUCAUCCUGCUGGUGUUCUUGGGCUUCAUGAGCUUUGUGACAACUACCUUUGUGGUGGAAGCCAUGGCUGCAGCCAACGCCCAGCUCCACUGGAAGAGGAUGGAAACCCACAAGGAGGAGGAAGAUGAGGAUUCCUCCACAGCCUCAGACAGUGACAUCCUCACUCAGGACAACUACGAGCGGGCAGAGAAACGGCCCAUCCUGUCUGUGCAGAGACGUGCAUCUCCCACCCUUUUUGACAUCACAGACCGUGUGGAAAUGGGACAGAUGGCCUCCAUGUUCUUCAGUAAAGUGGGGGUCAACCUGUUUUAUUGCUGCAUCAUCACUUACCUGUACGGGGACCUGGCCAUCUAUGCGGCGGCUGUGCCCUUGUCCCUCAUGCAGGUGACCUGCAGUGCCGCUGGCAAUGACUCCUACGGGGUGGAGGCAGACACCAAACACAACGACACCGACCCGUGCUGGGGGCCUGUGCGUCGGGUGGACGCCUACCGCAUCUACCUGGCUGCGUUCACUCUCCUCCUCGGACCUUUCACCUUCUUCGAUGUCCAAAAGACCAAGUACUUGCAGAUCUUGACCUCUCUGAUGAGAUGGAUUGCAUUUGCCAUCAUGAUCGUGCUGGCCCUGAUACGCAUUGGCAACGGGCAAGGGGAGGGGCACCCACCCCUGGCCAACUUCGCGGGCAUCCGGAACCUGUUUGGGGUGUGCGUCUACUCCUUCAUGUGCCAGCACUCCCUGCCGUCCCUCAUCACGCCCAUCUCCUCCAAGCGCCACCUCACGAGCCUGGUGCUCCUGGACUACGCGCUGAUCCUCGCCUUCUACGGCCUCCUGUCCUUCACCGCCAUCUUCUGCUUCCGCAGCGACAGCCUCAUGGACAUGUACGCGCUCAACUUUGCACGCUGCGACAUCCUGGGCCUGGCCCCCGUCUGCUUCUUCCUGGGCCUCUUCCCCGUCUUCACCAUCAGCACCAACUUCCCCAUCAUCGCCGUGACCCUGCGCAACAACUGGAAGACGCUCUUCCACCGCGAGGGCGGCACGUACCCGUGGGUGGUGGACCGCGUCGUAUUCCCCACCAUCACCCUGGUACCCCCAAUACUGGUGGCCUUCUGCACUCAUGACCUGGAGUCCCUGGUGGGUAUCACAGGGGCCUACGCAGGCACUGGAAUCCAGUACGUCAUCCCCGCCUUCCUCGUGUUCCUCUCUCGCAGGGACACCCGGCUGGCCUUCGGCUACGGGACCGUCAACAAGCAUCGGUCUCCAUUCCGCCACACCUUCUGGGUGGGCUUUGUGCUCCUGUGGGCCUUCUCCUGUUUCCUCUUCGUCACAGCCAACAUUGUGCUCACUGAGACUAAGCUCUGAUGGCAGGACUCUCCUGGCGACAAGAAAGCUAGGAGGCCUAAGCUCCCCGCCCCAGACUAGCAUUUGGCUGCCUGGACCCAGGUGUCCAUUGGCGGGCGAGGCCGGGACUGUCAAGAGAGGACCUUCCGCAUCGCCAGCUUUUGUCUUCUCCCUACCCAGGACUUUGCCCCACCUGGCCCCUCACCCACCAGGGCAGCCCUCUGGCCUGGGGUAGCAUGUGGCCAUUCCCAAGUUCCAAGCCACACCCCUUCUGUUUUGUACACGCUCCUGCACCCCCAGCCACUGGAGGCUGGCUCCUUCCUCCAUUUGGUGGGCGACACAGUGCUGGCACUGUCACUAUUUAUACCAGACCCGUGUCCCCUCAUCUUCCCUCCCCAGCCCUGUCUGUCUGUCCACUUACAACUCCUGCCUCUUCAAAGGUGAGUCCCAGACCGUGACCAUCCUAACCUUACCUGCCUGUGACAGGCAGGUCCCUCCUUCCUGCCAGGCCUUAGAAUUACUAAGUGCCCUUCCUGAGGAAGGGCCUGGCCAGUCCUGUUGACAAGAAUACAAAGUGCUAAUUGGUAGUGGGGUUUCUAGACCAGAGCCAUGAGGGCCUUUGCUGUGGGCACGGGCCCUGUGGCAACAGACAAAUGAACCAUCCCUUCCACAGGGCACACAACAGCCUGUAAGCUGGGUGGAAUGCCCUUGCGGUCUCUGAAAGUGACCCUCUGCUCCCAGGCUGCCCCAUUGGAGCCACUUGAGAAUAGUUCUGUCCAUCGCCGUCCAUGGUGGCUUGCUGCCCUGCACAUGUGGCAGGCAGGGGGAUCCGCAGCUCACAGCCUGCAAAAGGUCACUCUGCAGCCCAGCUUGCUACCAUGCUGCACUCGUAACACUAAAAUGACCCCCUCAGGAGCCUCGCCAGGGGUGCUCAGUGUCCUCCGUACCCUCCCGGUCCCUGACCGGAGAGGGGCGCCCACCACCAUUCCCAAUGAAGGAGGCCAGGCUCCCUGCACCUCCUGCCCAAUCACGCAUGUGCCCACCAGGCCUGCUACCUUGGAAAUGCGGGUGACUAAGGAACUGCGUCUUCAACGUGCCUUCCGCUUCGUAUUCUCGGGAUCCUUCCUGACCCUAGCUUGCCCCAGUUCCUGGGCCUCGUCCCCUUCCCUCCCCCCCCCCCCAAUCCUGGAGGCAGAGCUGCUUGCCUCACAGUCCUCUGUGGUGUGGAGGGGCUCAGGCCCCCGCCCUUCCUUCUUGAUUUCAGUGCCUUGCUCUGCCCUCAUGAGGAAACCUUCGCCAACCACCUCUUCCUUCAGUGUCUCACCUAUGGCAGUGCCGGGUGUCCCAGGACCCGGGGAAUAAAGACACACUGAAGAGUAUGGGGCCUGAAGACAGCUCCCUCCACCUGCCUCUAAAGAAUCUCUAGGUUGACUGGCCUGGAGGCUGGUCUUCUUGCCACUGUUGCACAUUAGCAGGCCUCGUGGCCUCCUCCCCACGUGAAAUACACCUGUGCGCCACCUGUUCCGGCAUCUUCCCAGGAGGGCCUGCCCAUCCCCCCCUGCGCUCAGGCUCUCUGAAGCUGCCCUGCCGUUUGCGGAGAAUAUGAAACAUCUGUACUCAACCCUCCUCUCCUAACAUCCCCUCUUGCCUAAGGGCGAAGCAAAUCCCCCUGCCUGGGCUCUGGCCCCCAGUCAGGUUUUGGCUGCAAGAUUAUUAGCAUCAUAAAGCCGGGGUUGAUGGACAUGACAGUCUGGAGCUGCACAGCAGUGGAGUAGUGGCUGUAUCCCCUCCCCCCACCGCCACCUCCAAGCCCUAGUGGGGACAACCCCAGUCCUGGAGGGAGCUGGCCUGAGGUGACCAUGUUGCUGGUGCCAAGCCAAAGCUCUCUCCACCACCACUGUCUGGCUGCUGGCUUCCUUGGUCUCCACCUGCUGUCUGUCCUCCCAGAAGUCACUUGAGGUCACCUUCCUCCACACACAGCCUCCGAUGUUAGCCAGAGGGGCUCAGAAUACAGAAGCGAGAACCCUGCCGGCGCCCUGGCUCCCCGUAAGCAUUGCGCACGUUGAAUUGCAAGUCUUGGUAGCAGCAAUAUGAGGCCGGUUGGCUGGGUCAUGGCUUCCCUCUACUUGCAAAGGGACCCUGUCUUGAGUGAUGGGGAGGACAGCGCAGCCAGAUCUUAACCUCAGCACCUGCCGUCCUCGCCGCCCUGAGCCAGCUCUGUGGGGAGAGGGGAGGGCAGACCAGGUCAAGGUGGGAAUGAACAUCUUCACCUGGCUCCCUACCCAUCACCGGUGCCAGCAGCUAUGCCUGUUCCUCACCUGAGGCCAGUAGAUAGGGCAGAUGGCAAGGGACAGGCUGUGAGGCACUGCCUAAGAGGGUGGCAGCGGACAGCAGGCACAGGGCCAAGCCCCAGACCACACAGCUGUUCGCUCCGCAUGGAGCCCAGAGAGCCACAGCAACAGGCAGAGGCCAUGCCUGCCUCCUGGGAAUCUAGCCGAGGGGAAACAGCUGCCAGUGCCAGGCCUUCAGGAAGAGGGAGGCUGCUGGGAAGCUGACUCUUAGACCACGAUCCAGGCUGCGCGUGACCCUUGCCAUUCCUCCUCCCUAGGGCACUGCUCAAAGGGAGAUGCAUACUGGGUUCGUUGUAAGGACCAGGUUGACCUGUGACCUGUUUGCGGCACCCGCUGUAUCCGUCCCCUCCUCUGGGAAGCAGGGAACAGUGCCUGUGGAUCUCAGGUCAUGGGGAUUAGAGGACUGGGUUAGUGUUGGCACAGACGUGCUCAAUAAAGCUAUUUGCUGA